AUAUGAGUGAUUAUUUUGUGCCUAAUCGAAGCGAUAUUUCUUAAUAAAAUUAGAGUGGACUGGGAAGUUUUUAAGAUGUGUAUUUUCAUUUUCUUAUUCAAUAAGUUUAGGCGCUAGCUUUGGAAGAAUGUAAUAAGACAAUUAAAGCUUUGGGCCAAAUGGAGGAGGAAGUUUUGCUCAUAAUUUUGGGUUUCUCGUUCAAUCUGAACAAUAUCGUUCUUCAGUGGGUUUGGAAGAUGUUGCUGUACCAAUUUAAAUUUACGAAUACUAAGAACCUUAAAUUUAGAAAGCAGGUUUUUUUAGGAGUAGUGGAGAUUUUGAAAUGUAGUUUGAAGAAAUUGGAAUAGACAGAUUGAAUAUUUAGGCAAAAAUACUUGAAGAUUAAAAAGAACACAAAAACUCAUUAUAAGAGAAUGUAAUGAGGAAUAGCGAACCUUCUUCAUAAGAAUUUGAGAUAAAAAUAGGUAAUUAUAUUUAGAAAUCUUUUUAUUAUAGAAUCUGGAGAACAAAUAAAUUCAAAAUUCAAGCCAGAAAUAAAAUAGCUUGUUAAUCAAAAUAUUAUAUAAGAAAAUAAAAAUCUCUUUAAUGUGAAUCAAGCAAAGAGUAUUUAUACAAAUAAAAUUACUCAAUUAGUUGAACAAACAUAAAAAAAAAUUGAAUUAGCAACAAAAUCUACAACAAGAUUAUCGUAAAAUAUAGAAAUUCUAUACAAAUAGGAAGAGUCAAUAAAAGUUAUAGAGAAAAUCACCAAUCAUUUCUAGGGAUCAAUAUGAUGUGUCAUCAAAUGAAAUGUAAUCAAGUCAAAUGAGUCCUGAUGGAAAUAUGGAUCCAGUCUAAUAAAAAUUAGCCAAAAAUAGAGAAUCUGCUAGAAAUUCAAGAGCAAGAAAGAAAAUCUAUUAUGAACUUUUAGAAACCAAAGUCAAAGAGUUGCAACACGAAGUUGAAAGAUUAAAGGAAUCAAAUCGUAAUUAAUCUAAAUAUGCCGAAGCGUGUAAUAAAACUCAAGAGAAGGUUUAUAUAUUGAUAUAAAAUUUAGUUCUAAAUUUACUUGGAUGAGCAAUAAUAAUUAUUUGAUAAAUUAGAAACUUGUUUACUUAAAAAUAAAGACAAUUUUGAAAUUGCUAUGGUUUUAGAUGCUUUAAGAUAUAGAACAAAUUCUAAUAGUCAAGAACGUAAUGAAGCUGCUAGAUAAUACUUUGAUUCCAUGAUUGAAGUAUGUUUGCCUAUUUAAACUAAAUAUUUGAUUUAUUCCUUAGAAAAAGAUAAAGAUUUCUUUGCUCAAUAGGCAGAGUAUUUUAUAUCAUAAUUCAUAGUGAUUAUACUGAUUGGAUGAAAGAUACCUUCAAAAAAUCAUAAAUUUAACCAGAAUAAAUUGUUAAAGUUAAAAGAAUGAAAACAAAAUUACAGAGUGUCAGAAAUAACAUAUCUGAGUAUUUUAUCAAUCCUAAUUUAGUUCAAUUUAAAAAAUUAAAGAUCAGUUAAAAUUGAUACAAAGUGAAGCCAAUAAAGUUGACUUAAUAUGGGAAUAACUUAAAGAAUGUUUGACUCCACUAUAAUUGGGUACUUGCAUUUUAGCAAUGAGAUAGGUAAAUAAUUAUUUUAUAUAUAUAGAAUUCUUUUCGUCAAGAACUUCAAACUUCUUCACUAUUUCUUUAAUUAAAGAAUUCUUAAAUGGUAUCAUGAAUAUAUUUAUAAUUUUAGAGUGAAGAAGAUGAAAUUUAAAAAAAUCCAUAUCAUUCUCAUAUCCCUAAUAAUAACAAUAGAAAGCUUGUUAAAAAAUCUAUUUCAUGA